CAUCUUCUUAUUAUUCUCACUGAUCAUCAUCAGUCUCUCUGAAACGCAAGCUAUUGAGUGAGUGAGCAUCUUCUUCAGCGUAGCGAAACAAUGGCCGAGGAAGCGAGCACUAAACGCCCACUGAAAAUCGUAGCAGGCGCCGACUCCUUCGGCUGCUCUCUCAAAGAUGCCUUAGUCUCCCACCUCCGCUCUCUCAACAUCGACGUCGAAGACCUCGGUACCUCCUCCUACUACUCCAUCGCCGCCGAUGUCGGCCGCCGCGUCUCCUCCUCCUCUAACGGCGCCGUCGAAACCCGCGGCCUCGUCGCCUGCGGCACCGGCGUCGGAGUCGCCAUCUUCGCCAACAAGUUCCCGGGCGUGUUCGCCGCCACGUGUCUCAACCCCUCCGAAGCCCAAAACGCUCGCUCCAUCAACAACUCCAACGUUCUCGCCGUCUCCGGCAUGUCCACGGCACCGGACUCCGCCAUCGAGAUCCUCGACACCUGGCUCAACACCCCUUUCAAAUCCCCCUGUCCCGCCUCCGACUCCAAGCCCUGGCCUCCAGAAAUCGAGACUUUUCUCGACAAUUCGAUUAAAGAAAUGCCCAAAAUUGGAGCUGAAGAAGAAAAGCAAGCAGCUUUGGGUUUGGAGGAGGCUUCUUGUACUCUCUGUUGUUUGGUGAAGAAUCGGAAACUGAACCCGAUUGAUAUUAUUCCUGGUGGGUCGAUGAAGAUUCUGAGAGAGACUCCAACAUCGGCGAUAGUCAGGUUCAAGGCCGGGAGCGUCGAGCCUGCGCAUCACCACACGUUUGGGCACGACUUGGUCGUGUUGGAGGGGAAGAAGAGCGUGUGGAAUUUGACGAAGAAGGCGAGGUACGAUCUGGGUGUUGGAGAUUACUUGUUUACACCAGCUGGGGAUUCGCACAGAGUCAAGUACUAUGAGGAUACUGAGUUUUUUAUAAAAUGGGAGGGCCAGUGGGAUAUGUUCUUUGAUGAGGAACUUGAGGCUGCACACAAGGCUGUUGCGCAGGAAUUGGAGAAUGGGUCGAACUGAGAAUAAUCAAUGGCAGCUUGGGUUGUGGAAAUUUCAGUACUUGCUGGUUGUGUUCAAGUCUUGAAGAAUCAGAUGAUUUUUUAUGUGUUAAUAAGUAUUUUGGGGAUGCUUGUUCAAUAUGGUCUCUGUAAUGAAGUGCUACUUACUAGUAUUUACCGUAGUUUGUGUUUGAAUAAUAAAGUUGUGUUCUUGAUGUAGUCACACUUAUGGUGCAAUGUUAGUAUUAUUAUUACUUUGGGUUUGAUU